AUGGAAAAGAGGCACCGUGCACGCAUCAACGUAUCACUGGAGCAGCUCAAGUCUCUCCUGGAGAAACACUACUCACACCAGAUCAGGAAACAAGAGCUGGAAAAGGCCGACAUCCUGGAGUUGAGUGUCAAAUACAUGAAAAGUCUUCAGAAUUCACUGCACGGGCUCUGGUCAGCACACAGUGGAGUCGACUACCCACCCGGCUUCCGAGGCUGCCUCCCUGGAGUGAGCCAGCGGCUUCAGCUGGGAGAGGAGGGUGGCAGCGGUUUGCGCCGCCCCCUAGUGCCGGAGCGCGCGGAUGGAAGUACCAUGGACAGCACCGCCUCCAGCCCGGGGGUGUCCUCGGUGCACCGUGUCUGCUUUCCAGCUGUCUGGGCUCCUGCUCCGGCUGCGGGCGGCCCCGGGUCCCCGCCGUCCCGGCUUCUUUUCUCUGGAGGUCUCCCUGCGUCCUCCACCGGCGUUCUGGCACCGCAGCCUGCGUCGUGCUGCCAGGCCGAGAGCCCAGACCCCGGGCUUCGCGUGUGGCGGCCCUGGUGA